UAGUCAUUCAAUUUACCUAUGCACGAUUCUGUUUUUGUUCCGCGGAAAAGACCGAGUAAAACCGCGGUCUAACCGCUUCGCAAGGCACUACUCCACCCCAGACUAACAGCUGCUUACUCUCAACCAUAACGGAAAUGUCUUCUCCUAAGAGUACUCCCUCUGUGAAAAGUUCUCCCGGCGCCGCUCCUGGAGGCCCCAAAUCGCAGAUCAGACGUCGUGCUGCUGCUGAAAAAUCAAAGGAAGGAAAGGCUCUUCCUGCCGGUCCCAGAGCUGCCGGUGCUAAUGGCUCGACCCCUACUAUGUUGAAGCUGUAUACAGAUGAAACUUCUGGUUUCAAGGUUGACCCCGUUGUCGUCAUGGUUCUCAGUGUUGGUUUCAUUGGCAGUGUCUUCGCUCUGCACAUUAUUGCCAAGUUGAUGCGUAAAUUCUCCAACUAAACUUGGGGCUUUCAUUAUGAUAAUACCAAUAAUUGCGGCUCAUCAAAAUUGUUAAAGGUUGUACCUUCAUCGGUGUAACGGCUUUUUUGUCUAGUAGUAGAUCAUCCAAGUUUCCGAAAAGAACCGAGCAUUCUUUGGCUCAGACCUUUCACAGCAAUGACAUAAAAUCCCAAAAAUGGACAUUAUAAUAUAACUUUCACCU